GAUUUAAAGACUGAAGAAGAAAGAUCGGUAGCUCAGGACGUUGAAAAUCGAUUCUCGAUUUUCAGACUUCAGAAUCGAUCGCUGAAUUAUCCAAUUAUUGAACCAUAUAAAUCGAUUUUCCCCACGCCAUGCCGCUGAAAGUUAACCUAAGCGUCGUCAUGACCGAGAACGCGAAAGGGGAGAAGAUAGAAAGUAUAGAAUCUAUCAGAAGACCAGAAGACGAAAUGUGCUAUAUUUUCCCCCCGGAAUAUCAAGAAAGAAAGUACCAUCAACAAUUAUUCAGUUUACCAACAGUGAAAAAGACCGCAAACAGCCUAACCAAGGUAGGCCAAUAUAGAAAUAUUGAACUCACAAUAGACGAUGAGACAGCAGCAUUGUAUAUCGAUACAGAUUCAAACUUCGUAUUCCGAGACAUUGUCUUAGAGGAAGCAGAAAUAACCUCCACAAGAAAAACAAAGACGGAAAUCAAGAAACCCAACCUGGACAUGGAAAAACUUCUAGAGACCUUCCAAAGAGGAGAUAAGAGGGAAAUAGAGGAAAUAAACUUCAAUAUAGAACAAUUUGAAGGAACUCAGAAAGCCACAAAGUGGAUAUCAGAGUAUGAAAAGAAAUGCAAAAAAUACAAAAUAAAAAGCGAUGAGGAAAAAGUCAAAGGUUUAAGAAAGUAUUUAGGAAAAACAGCAGAAAGAUGGUACCAAACAAAUCUACUGGAAGCUGGAGGACAUAACUGGGAAGAUUGGAAAGAAGCAUUCCUCAAAACCUUUAAGAAUAAAAGUUGGCCAGCAAUACGAUAUGCUUAUAACUUUAAAUACCUUUCAGGUUCGUUCAUAGAAUAUGCAAUAGAGAAAGAACGACUAAUAUUGGAAGUAAAAAGGGACAUGCAUGAAGAUGUGAGGAUACAUCUGAUUGUCAUUGGAUUACCUAUUGAAGUCCAGGACAAAAUUGAAAGGGAAAAUAUACAGACAACAAAUGACCUAAUGGGAAUUUUGGGACAAUAUGAAGACUGGAGAAAAAGGAAAGAAACACAAGAAAGAAAGAUAGACCUGGUUAAAAAGGUACACCCACCAUUCAAAAAAAAACCGUGCACAAUCUGUGAAGCACUGAACUUCCCGGGCCGAUUCCACCCAGUGGAAUUAUGUAGAAAUAGAGACAGAAACCCAAACAAAUAAAUUCACUGGAGGUAUUCACAUCAGAAAAUGAAAUAGCAGGAACACCGGAUGGGACGGAAGAAGUAUAUGCACAUACUCAAAAAUCACUUUUCAAGGGCUGUUUUUAUGUCCACAUCGAAAACACAACGCGCGGAAGAUAUCAUAAAACUUAUAAGCUCGACAGGAGAAACUGAUUCCAUAAAAAUUGUCCUUGCAGACCGAUAGCCAG